AUGAUUAUACCAAGUCGCGUUAUUAUUCCAGUAUUGCCGACCAAACGACGUAAUAACAUCUUCAAGUCUAAUAAUAAGCAUAGAAUUAAAACAUGUAUAGUUUUAGGCUCAGGCGGUCAUACUAUGGAAAUGUUACAGUUAUUAGAUGAAAUUGAUUUUAAUAUUUAUUGUCCGAGAUUUUAUAUAAUAUCUAGCGGCGAUAUACUGAGUUCAAAUAAAGUAAAGGAGUUUGAAGAUAAUCAUAGUAAAGGAAAGGAAGAAGCAGCUAUAGAAAAUGUCGAAUUUUUUAUAAGAUACAUACCGAGAAGUCGCAAAGUUGGACAAUCAUGGUUUUCAACAGUAUUCACUGUUUUAAAUACAUUAAUGGUGUGUUGCAAACUUAUUUUAUCGGAAUUACCAGAUCUGAUAAUUUGUAAUGGUCCCGGAAAUUGUGUACCUGUAUGCAUGAUUUCAUAUAUACCAAGGGUACUUGGGAUCAAAUGGAUUCGUCUAAUAUAUAUUGAAUCUUUUGCUCGUGUCCAUACACUUUCUUUGAGUGGAAAAUUGUUACUGAGAUUUGUUGAUAAAUUUCUUGUUCAAUGGCCAUAUUUAGUAAAUAAAUAUCCUCAAGCUGAAUAUAAAGGAAUAUUGGUUUGA